AAGCCAGCCGUGGGACAGGGCCGUCCGUGGCUGCAGGGGGUAGGCCAGCCCGUCGCCUGGGGCGAAGCACACCUGGAUUCCAUUUGGUGCCCCCCCCACCCUGUGAAAAGCCUCCUGUCCAGAAUGGCUGGGAAGGGGCGUGAUGGGAGAGCCAGGAGCUGCCAGAGGAAGACGGCCAGCAAGUGAUCCCUGCGGAAGGCAGGAAGGAAAGCAGGAAGGAAGGAGGAGAGUUGGGGUGGGGGGUGCCUACCCCCGGCCCCUCUGCCCCCUCCAGCGUCACUUCCGAAGGAGCCAUGGACCCCCAGUCUCUGGACGCCGCAGUGCAGAACACGCUGUCGGGCCUCUUCCCUCCCUUCGAGGUGACUGCUCCCACGGUGCUGAGCCAGCUCUUCCGGGUCCUGGAGGCCAAAUACCACGGGGACGGCCUCUGCUGCCUGCUGGACUUCCUCAUCCCCCUGAAACGUCUCCUGGAGCACGUCCGGCAAGCAGCCUGUGCUCCCUAUUCCGGCUGCGUGUUCCUGCAUGAAGGCUGGCCCUUGUGUCUCCACGAGAAGGUGGCUGUCCAUCUCAGCCCCCUCAACCCCCUCCUGCUGCGCCCGGGGGACUUUUACCUCCAAGCCGAGCCUUGUGGGGAGCAGUCGGCCUGCCUGGUGGUGAAGUGUCUCUCCAGAGACCUGACCACUGUGGAGAAGAUCCCCGUCCCGGACGCCUCUUGCUCCUGGCUCUUUACCGAAGCAUGGCUGGAGGAAAUCAACCGAGAGCUGGAGAGGCCAACCCUGCGCACUUGCCUGGUGGCCACUGGCAACGGAGUUGUCCCCGUUCCCUGGAGUAAAAUAGCCACCCCAGAGUUCAUCCAGCUCCCCAAAGCAGAGCAUCCAAUGGAGAAAGGCUCAGUCCACCCCCGGGCUGGCUGCGUGUUGAAUUCCAAGCAUCCGAGCAGCCACUUUGCCGGAGAGGGGCACGGUGGCACAGACCAGGGCCCCAGGCCUUCCCAGGGGAAGUAUCCAGGACUCAUCAAAGUGGAACAAGGCCCUUGGAAGAAAUCUACCCUCUUUGUCGUGCCAAGCCUGUGCGAUAUCAUCAGCGAGAACCUGGAAGGGGAAUACGUGAACCUCGUGGAAUUUUCGGAAGAAUCCCAAAAGGCCGGCGGGUCGUCCCCGGCGACUCUGCAUCAUCAGCUCCAGCAAGAAGUGUUCCCUGGGGCUGAAAAAGCGCUCCUUCGGGCAAACGGAGAGACUGGGGCCCCGGGGGAGAGCUGGAGUUGCGGGAAGGAGCAAGAUUUGGAGGAGGGUCCCUGCACGCCCUGCCUGAGAAGGAAACUGAGUCAGGACCCCAAGAUCCACGAGCCGAGGUGCCGCUACCGGGACUCCUAUAUGGCGGCUCUCCAGAACCCCAUCAGCUUCAGCUCGGGGCUGAUGGCAGCCAUACUGCAAGAGAUGGACUUUGCCAAGCCACCCUCCUCUUCAGCGAGCGGGGAUGUCCGGCCGGCCGAAGGGCCGGGCCAGGUGGCCUCCCCGGGCCCCUCGGAGCAUCCCCACCAAGACAGGAAAUCCGAGGACGCCUCCAGGCAAGGGCCCUGGAGACUCCCGCGGUCUCCAGCCGAGGGGCCUGCAGUCAGCAAUAAAUCCUCCUUCCUGAAAGGCCACCGUCUGGGGGGUGGCCCCGGGGGGCCGGAGAAAGCUGGCAAGGGGCACGAAGGGCCUCGGAAGAAAACCUCGGUGGUUUCCUCCCCCAGAGUGGCCAGAGCAAAGCCAGCCGCCGUAAAAGGGUCUAGCCAGACCGAAGCAGCAUUUGGGGAAGUCCCAAGUCCUCUGAACCCGGACGCUGCCACCGCCGCCGGAAGCCCCCCCAGCACAGAUGCCCUGCUCAGCGAGUUGCUUCUUCUGGGAUCGAGUCCUUCCGAGAUGGUCCAGUGGGAGCUGCUCAGCGCUGAGCUUUUAUCUUCCGGGGUUGCAUGUCUGCCAGGCAGCGUGGAUAAGCUCGGGAGGCCCGUGGUUGAGAUCCCCCAAAGUGGACAAGGCUGGCAGGACGCGUGGUGCUCGGCCAAAGAGGUGGCACGGCAUCUGCUUGGCCUUUGCUCCGUGGCCAGGAAGCGUUCAAACGACCAGGGGUUGGUGAUCCUUAUCGAUGCCAGAAAAGAGCCUCCCCCUCCCACACUUUCCACAGCCCUGGGAUCCCUCCAGAAAGCCUUUCCGGGCUCCAUCCAUGUUCUCCUGCUGGUGGCAGAGAAGGAGGUGACCUCCCUCAUGGAGAAGUUCUCUGGCUUACAGGUGGAGACAGUGAGCUCUCUGAAAGCCCUGGGCCGGCAUGUGGACAGUAGCCAGUUGACCCAGGCCUUUGAUGGUCAGUUUCCCUACAACCAUGGGGAAUGGGUGCAGUUCUUUCAGAAAAUCCAUCAUUUUGUCAGUGGUCUCAAAAAGGCCUCCGAGUUGUUACGGGGCACCACCCAGGAGUUGGAGAAGGGAGAAGUACCGGAGACCUUGCAGGCGGUGGAGCAGCAAGUGAGAAGGCACCGGCAGCUCAUGCAAGAUGUUUUGUGCAAUGCCCAGCUGGUGAGCUUGCAGAGGGAAGGUGGGGCCACACUUGCCAGGCUGCGGAAGGAGGCGGCUCGACUCGGCUUCACUCCCGACGUCCGGCACAGCUUUGACAGCGCCCUGGCCAUCUACAGUCUGGUGGAGGAGGAGGUUCACACGCUGGUGACCAAAUCCAACAGCUGCUUGGAGCACCUGGAGUUCCUGAGGAAGAUCCGGGAGCUGGAGGAAGAAUUUCGCCAAGUCAGUCUGUGGCUCGAUGAGGAAGGCGAGCCGGAGCUGCGUGCAGUGGGGCUGGCGGAGGGCAGCCUCGAGAGCACCGAGAAGUCCUACCGGCGGUUUAAGGAGUUUUUCAAAGAAGCCACAGUUCACUACAACCGGGGCCUCUCUUUAUCCAAGGAAGCUGCCAAGAUCCAAGGGUUCAAGUUUCUCGAGGUUGAGGCCUUCGAGGCAGCAAAGGGAGCUUUCCAAGCUAAGCUGACCAUGUUCUACAUGGACAUGGAGAUGAAAGGGGCAGAGCUGGAGACUUUCCUGGACCUCUACAGAUUCUGUGACAAGGUCACUGAGUUUAACCGUGACUGCAAGCAACAUCUGGCCCUGUGGAAGGCCAGGGAGAAGGAACCCAACUUUGUGGAGGCCCAGCAAGGCACAGAAGAUGCUCUCCAGCGAAUGUCCAAGGACUUUUCAGAGGAAAAGUUCCAGCAGAUGAAGUUCCAAGCUUCCAGCAUGCACAGUGAAAAGGGCCACCUGAUCUGGAGUGAAGCUUUGGAAAGGAGUGAGGAAGCCAAGCAGAUUCUGGAGGACAUGCUGAUCAGAUUCAAGGAGGCCGAGGGAAUAACUGCAAGAGACAGUGGGGAGCAGAGCAGCCCUUUUGCUCAUAGCCCGUCUUCCCCAGUCCCAGCUGAUGCCCCGGAUGCUGGUGAAACAUUGCAGGAAACCAAGGAUCCAGAGCCAUUAUCCCAAGAAACGGGGGACAGAAUUGAUUGUACUGACCGUCCCUCCCCAAAGGAUUCCUCAUGCAUCAGCUCAGGCGUGGCUGGGACAGGCGACAAGAAGGCUUACCUUGCUCCUCCAGGUGCCAUCUUGGAUCCUGGGGGGCCUGACAGCCAGGCUCUGGGUGAAGAAGCCUCAGGAAGGCUUCACACAAUCUCCCCGGGUUCUCCGCCAUUGCGCCAUCCUUCUGCCUCUUCUUCCAAGGCAGAGCCGAUGCCAGGAACCGGUGAGACUCGGCCUCCCACUGGCCAGCCUUGUGCUGCUGUGCUGGUGAGGGGCCAACGUCCCCAGAAGAGGGAGAGAGCCCAGUACUUCCAGCUCUCCAGACACGGGAGCUUUUCUUCAGAAGAUGCCGAUUCUCAGAACUCAUCCGAAGAUGCCCUGGAUUCCAGCAGCACGUGGUCCGUGGAACUGCAGGGCCUCAGAGGUGCGGCCCAGGAAAAGGGCCUAGGGAUCCUCUACUUAGAGAACCAUAGUCCACGCGGUGGCUCAAGUCCUUCGGCUACCCAGUGAGGCCAGGGGCCUGAGGGGCCGGGGGUCUGGAUUAUCUCCGGGCCUUCUUCCAGCAGACUGAUCUGGUGCUGAAACUUCCCUGGUCUUUUUGGCGCUCCAUUAUCCCACAGGUAUUUUUCCAA